AUGCCAGGGUCAUCUGGAAGAACAAAGAGGAAGAUCAGAUGGAGCAAACUGUAUUCUUUUGCAUGCUUGAGGCCUGUCACUGCUGAGCAUGAUCCUAGCCAGCAGCUUCUUGGUCAGCCGGGAUUUUCGCGGGUGGUCUUCUGCAAUGAGCCUCUGCAACACAAGGCUAAGCCUUACAAGUAUCCCAAGAACUAUGUUUCCACAACUAAGUACAAUGUUGUGACCUUUCUUCCAAAAGCACUUUUCGAGCAGUUUCGGAGGGUUGCCAAUCUUUAUUUUCUGUUAGCAGCUGUGUUAUCCAUCGCUUAUUUGGCUCCUUUUACUCCAAUAAGUUUGAUUGCCCCUUUGGUCUUUGUGGUGGGGGUUAGUAUGAUUAAAGAGGCAGUGGAGGAUUGGCACAGAUUCUUGCAGGAUUUGAAUGUGAACUCAAGAACUGUAAAGGCUCAUGUUGGAGAUGGCAAAUUUAUUGACAAAUCAUGGCAACAGCUUUCUGUAGGAGAUGUUGUUAAGGUUAACAAGAAUGAAUAUUUUCCCAGUGAUCUCCUCUUACUGUCUUCCAGCUAUGAGGAUGGCAUAUGUUAUGUAGAGACCAUGAACCUUGAUGGAGAAACUAACCUGAAAGUUAAAAGAUGCUCAGAAGCCACACUUGGCUUGAUCAAUGAUCAAGCAUUUGGUUUAUUCAGCGCUACUGUUCGCUGUGAGGACCCAAAUCCUCAUCUUUACACCUUUGUGGGGAAUUUAGAGUUGAAAAAUGUAUCAUUUCCCUUGUGCCCUGCCACACUUCUUCUAAGAGAUUCAAAACUUCGGAACACUGAUUAUAUUUAUGGAGUUGUGAUCUUCAGUGGACCUGACUCAAAAGCAGUAAGGAAUUCAACCAGAUCACCAUCUAAGCGUAGUCGGAUUGAAAGAAAGAUGGAUCUUGUUAUUUACCUUCUCUUUACAAUGCUUCUCUUAAUUUCACUGGUCACUGCAUCCGGUUUUGCGUGGUUUCUGAAGUCUGAGAUGGUUAAGUGGUGGUAUCUUUCUCUCGAAGAUGAUGAUCCAUUCUUUAACCCGUCAAAGCCAGAGGUAUCUGGUUUCCUACAAUUCAUAAGGGCCCUUAUUUUGUAUGGCUACUUGAUCCCCAUUUCUCUCUAUGUCUCUAUUGAGGUUGUCAAAGUUUUACAAGCCAUGCUCAUUAACAAGGAUAUAGAAUUGUAUGAUGAAGUUACACAUAAGUCAGUUCAAACCCGGACAUCAAAUUUAAAUGAGGAACUUGGUCAGGUAGGGAUGAUUCUGUCAGAUAAAACAGGAACUUUGACAUGCAACCAGAUGGAAUUUAGGAAAUGCUCUAUUGCUGGAAUUUCAUAUGGGGGUGAUAUAAAUGAAAUCGACCGGGCAGCAUCUAAGCGAAUGAAUGUUGAUGUUGAGUCUUAUCAUUUCAGUAUUGAUGAAUUUGAAACAGCAAGCCGAAGCUGUGAAAUGUUCGAGUUCUCAGUGGGGGACAUUAGCACUGAAAGAGCUGUUCCAGGAGGACAAAGACAUAUGCAGAAUUCGAGUGCAGAAAAUUCAAGAAUCUCUUAUGUGGAGGAAGAAGCUGUCAUCAAGGGUUUCAACUUUGGGGAUGAUAGACUUCUGAACAAAAAGUGGUUUUAUAGGUCCAACUUAUUUGAUGUGACAAUGUUCUUUAGAGUCAUGGCUCUAUGUCACACAGGCAUACCUGUUGAGGAGGAUGAUCAAACUCAUAAGCUAAAGUAUGAGGCAGAAUCACCAGAAGAAGUAUCUUUUUUAAUUGCUGCACAAGAAUUUGGAUUUCAGUUUUUUCAAAGAAGUCAGUCUGUUAUGUUUCUUAGGGAGUUUGAUCCUUCCACUGGAAAUAAGGUUGAGCGGAAGUACAAACUUUUGAACCUUUUAGAGUUCUGUAGCGCUCGGAAGAGGAUGUCUGUUAUAGUAAGCAACGAAGAGGGUCAAAUCUUUCUACUCUGCAAAGGUGCAGAUAACAUUAUCUUUGACAGGCUUGCAGAAAAUGGAAGGACAUACCAGCAGGCCACAACUCUACACCUUUCAAAUUAUGCAGAAGAUGGAUUCCGAACUCUGGCCUUUGCCUACCGGAAACUUGAGGUUACUGAGUAUGAACAAUGGAACUCAAUAUUUAAGGUGGCCAAGACCACAAUAGGUCCUGAAAGGGAAGAAAUACUAGAGAAAGCAUCUGAAAUGAUUGAAAAGGAUCUAAUUUUACUAGGGGUUGCUGCUGUUGAAGACAAGUUACAAAAAGGGGUUCCAGAAUGCAUAGAUAAACUUGCCCAAGCAGGGAUAAAAAUAUGGCUGCUCACUGGUGACAAGAAGGAAACUGCAAUAAAUAUUGGGUUUGCUUGCAGCUUACUUCGGCAGGAUAUGAAACAGUUUCAUCUAAGUUUGGGCAGAGAAACUGCAACUACUAACCAACUGAAGGCGAUGAAAGAAGAUAUUUUAAACCAACUUGAAAGUUUUCACAAAGUGAAGUCUGAAGAAGGUAAUAAAGAUGCACCCUUGGCUUUGGUAGUAGAUGGAAGAGCUCUUGAAAUUGCUCUGAGAAGUGAUGUGAAGGACCAGUUCUUACCGUUGGCUGUUAAUUGUGCUUCUGUUAUAUGCUGCCGGGUCUCUCCAAAACAGAAGGCUUUGAUUACACGAUUGGUAAAGGAACACACAGGCAGAACAACCUUGGCCAUUGGAGAUGGGGCAAAUGAUGCAGUGAUGGCCAGUGACAUCUCUUUGCCUCAAUUCCGGUUCUUGGGGAGAUUACUUAUAGUUCAUGGACACUGGUGUUACAAGAGGAUCUCAAAAAUGAUUCUGUACUUCGUGUACAAGAACAUCGCUUUCGGGCUCACGCUGUUCUACUACGAAUUAUACACAAGGUUUGCAGGGGAGGUCUUAUAUGAUGACUGGUAUAUGGCCCUAUUCAAUGUGAUUUUGACAUCUUUGCCUGUUAUAUCAUUGGGAGUGCUUGAGCAAGAUGUUUCAUCAGAAGUGUGCCUCCAGUUUCCAGCUCUUUAUCAACAAGGACAGAAGAACAUAUAUUUCACUUGGAAGCGCAUUCUUGGUUGGAUAUUAAAUGGCGUGGUUGCUUCUCUAGUCAUAUUCCUUGCAAACAUAUACACUCUCUCCCACAAAGCAUUUCAGAAGAAUGGUGCUGUUGCAGACAUCACACACCUUGGUGCCAUGACAUACACCUGCAUAAUCUGGACCGUCAAUUGCCAGAUUGCUCUCAUCAUCAACCACUUCACUUGGAUCCAACAUCUUUUCAUAUGGGGCAGCAUCUUGAUCUGGUAUGUGUUCUUGUUGAUAUAUGGUGCACUCCCUCCUGCCUACUCACAACGAGGAUUUCGGGUUCUAAUCGAAGCUCUUGGCCCUGCACCAUUGUACUGGACAGUCACAUUGUUUGUUGUAGUUGUUUCUCUUCUUCCCUACUUCAUCCACAUCAUCAUCCAACGGUCGUUCUAUCCACUUGAUGAUCAUGUGAUCCAAGAGAUGAAGUAUUUCAGGAAAGAUGUUGCAGACAAUCAAAUGUGGGAAAGGGAAAGAAGCAACUCCAUUAAGAUGACUCAGAUUGGAUUUUCUGCUAGGGUUGAUGCAAGAAUCCGUUUUCUAAAAGAACACUUGCACCAGAAGAAACAGUUGAUAUAUAGAUCAGUGACAAGCAGUCCAAUAUUUAAGUCACUGACAAGCAGCCCAGCCUAGU